GAGAAUUCAGUGGGUGUUCCAAAUUGAAAGAUUUUGCCUUAACUUGGUUUUAUACGUAUAUUCACAAACACUGCUGCCUCAAUCACUUUCAGUCUCAAGUGUGCAUGACCAACUGGUAAUUUCCUGCAUUUAUGACAUUCCAUGAUCUUGCUUUGAUGCUGCCAAAGUUUGUGACUACACAGAAAAGCAGUGGCAGGUUGAGAAUGAAUGACCCCUGGUAAGUUAUUUUGAAAUUGCCAGACUUUGCUCUGCAAGUUUAGUCUCUCAUAGCAACGUGGGCAGCAUAUUCUGUUCUGGCUUCAUUAAAAGAAAACGAUUCCGUCUUUCAGUAAAAAAAAAAAGAAAAGCUGGAACUGUUGAAGCAGCAUGCACCUAAUAAGCGACUUCUAAAUCUGGCUCCAUCAUUUUGGUCUGUGGACUAGCAGAACGGAGCUUGCAGAAUCCUCCUCAAAAGGAUCAAUUAUUUUGCAUCUUUUCACCAAGCAACUACAAAGUGAACUGGAGACACAGAAUCCAGUGCUAGUGUAAUGCAGAUGACCUACAGCUCUACCCAUCCCACAGCACGGCUGCAAAAACGCUACAGCGUGUGAAGAAGAGCUCAUGGAGCAGCUGGCUAAAGCAGAAACUGGGCAAGAAAAAGAUGAUGUUGGCAGAGGAUAGAGAGCAUUUUGAGGACUCAUUCUCAGUCAAGGCCUCUGCGGCAGAAAUGGAGAAAAUAAGGGUACGCAAUUCCUGGGUGCCAACCUGCCUAUGGCAACCUAGAAUUCUCCAGGGCAGGCUCGCAAAAUCUUCACCUACUCUCUGGGACAGUACUUUGCAAGAACAGAAGGGGGAAUUACGAAAGCGCCUAUCGUACACUACCCAUAAGCUGGAAAUGCUUGAAACAGAGUUUGACUCUACACGUCAGUAUCUUGAAAUAGAAUUGAGACGUGCUCAGGAGGAACUUGAAAAAGUAACUGAAAAACUGAGAAGGCAGGUGAUUACUCCCCUGAAGACAUAUCAUAAUGGAAGCCAAAAAUAUUUUACGAGGAUACAAAACAAUUACCUAGCCUUACAAAGAAUUAAUCAGGAUCUGGAGGAUAAACUUUACAGAAUGGGUCAACAUUACGAAGAGGAAAAACGGGCUUUGAGCCAUGAAAUAAUUGCACUCAAUAAUCACUUAAUAGAAGCCAAGGUGACGAUAGAUAAAUUGUCAGAAGACAAUGAGCUCUACAGGAAGGACUGCAAUUUAGCUGCUCAGCUUCUCCAGUGCAGCAAGAACUAUGACAGGGCACAUAAACUUUCAGAGUUGCCAACAGACUUUCAGGAAAGAGUCAGCAUCCACCUGGAAAAGCACGGGUGCAGCCUUUCUGUCCCCUUGUGCCACACUUCUUAUGCUGACACCAUACCCACUUGCGUCAUUGCCAAAGUACUGGAAAAACCAGACCCACACAGCUUGUCCUCACACUUGUCAAGCCCAUCUACGAGGGAUCUCAAUUUUCAGGACUCUGCUGGAAAAGUCGGACAAAGACCCCAGUACAAGUCCGACAUCUACUGCAGUGACACGGCCCUUUACUGCCCCGAGGAGAGGAGGAGGGAGAGGCGGCAGAGUGUGGACACACAAGUAAAAGAUGUGGGGUUCCUGCGGUCCCAAAACUCCACGGACAGCACUGUGGAAGAAGACGGUUUCCAUUCCAGCUUCUCCCACGAAGCCUUCCCAGAGUACAUUACCUCUCUGCCAACCUCCAGCUCCUACUCCAGCUUCAGCGUCACAUCUGAGGAGAAGGAGAACGCCCAAGCCAACACUCUGACAGCCUCCCAGCAAGCGAUCUACAUGAGCAACCGGGACGAGCUGUUUGAAAGGAAGUCACCCGCAGGUUACGAGCAUCAGGGCAGCCCCAGGUUUGCCAAGCCCAAGCCCGCACAGCACAUGGAGCUCGCUGACGACAACGAGAACUCACCCACUUUUACCAGGACUCUGCCUCCAUAUGCAAACGAACCUUUUCAUUUCUCAGCCAUAACACCACAGCAGGCUUUGGCAAACCAGAAAAUGAGAAAUGAGUGCAGGAGCACCCACCUUUCAGAAGAAGACUUGCCAGGGCGAUGGAGGCAGUUGAGCGUGGAGGACAUUGGAGCGUACUCCUACAGGAACGCUGGCAGGCUGUCGCCCUGCAGUUUCUCAGAGCAGUACUACAGCAGCCCCAUCAAGAAGGGGGACAGUCGAACAAGCCCCAUCUAUGCUAGUUACAAAGCAGACAGCUGCUCAGAGGGAGAUGACAUCUGCCAAAGCAGACUUGUGGAUUCUUGCUUCCUGAGAACAGACAGUGGCCUGAACAUUGACAUCAGCACAAGCUGUAAACAGGACAAAUUGCCCACUUACAAAACAAAAGAAUCAAGAGACCAAAAAAAUGAACGGAUCACUGUCCAGUUAUGCAGUAGCAAAAACAUCGAAAAUAGCCCAGUAUUGAAAAGAGAAUACGUGGACGUGAGCCCCAACAGCUCAGCAGAGUCACUCAAUCAGAGUUCAGUGGAGGCUCCAGAAAUCCACCAGUCUUCCAUGGAUCAAGGAAGCCAUUCGAGUGUUCACAGCAAACAGCCACAGUUCCAGCGGACUGGGAGCACUGGUCUGAGUCGGAAGGACAGCCUUACAAAAGCACAGUUAUACGGAACCCUUCUGAACUAGGCAUCUCCCCAAACGGCAAUAAGACAGCAAACAAAAGGCAGAAAAGAGCAUUUGAUACUUCUAGUGAACAAUAAGGUUCUGAGAAACAGGAUUAUUAUAAAAUAUAUAUUCAUAACGGUACUAUAUGUUUAAAACAAAAUCUCUUCAAAAACGUUAUACAGCACUUUUCACUUGACAUCCUUCCCACAUGGGAGACUGUCCCCUCCCCUCUUUUAUAAACCUGAAAUAUUUUUAUAAACAAAAACGUAUUUAUUAGACUAUCCUAAGCUAUUUGAGCAGAAUUCUUUUCCCUUCAAGCAGGUUUCUUAUUUAUUUUUGUGCAUGAGGCCAUCUGUGCCUAAAUUCUUGGAGGAAAAGGGUAAAAUCAUGAUGACAGUGACAAAAAAGAAAUAAACCCACCCAAUAAAAUACCAUAAAAUGUCAUGUGAAAUCAAAACAAACAAGAAUGGUGAAUUUGAAGAAGUAUAUUUUUUAACAAGAAUGGAAUUGUAUCUUAAGUUAUUUCAUACAAAUGUAUUUAUGAGUGACUAAUGUAUGCACAAAGUGAUACUAAUAUUUUGUUCUUUUAAUCCACUGUGUUUCUGCUUUCCUAUUUUUCCUUGUAUACUACCUCAAGAGUAAUUGAGGGUUUCUUUGUCACAUUUUCUGUAGGCUUGCAUUUAUAUUGUCUAAAAUGCAUGCAGUGUCAUAAUUAAUACUGUAUUUUGCAUAACUUAAUAAAAGACACCAGUGGAUAUA